AGGAUACAUCUAGAUGAAGUCACAUGAUCAUAAACGAACAAAAUGUCGUCCGAAAAGUUUGAGUCACUAGAAGAAGACCUAAACACUAUAAUUAACAGCUUUAAAUCAUGCGAACAGAGUUUACAGCAGUCAAGUGGAGAAGAGCGCAAAAGUUUGCUACGGAAAGUGGAAAGAAAGCUAGAAGAAGCAAAUGUAAUUGUACAAGAGUUAGAAAGUGAAGCAAAGUUUGCUCCUGUAAAUUAUCGUGCUCAAAUGCUUGGUCGAAUUAGACACUACAAAAAUGACAUAGACCAUUUUUCUCGAAGUUUGAAAAGGGGAGGUGGUGCAGGAUCUAGUGGUAUGGACAAUUCUGGAUUUGACAGAGAAGAGCGAUUGGAGACAUCGAAUCGUGGAAAGCUGCUACAAGGUCAUCAGUCUUUGCAAAGAGCAACAGAAAGUAUUGCUAGGUCACACCAAAUAGCUGCAGAAACAGAUCAAAUUGGCGUAGAGAUAAUUGAUGAGCUGGGACAACAAAGAGAAACACUACUUAGAACACGAGACAGGUUAGUAGAAACAGACUCCAGUUUGAAAAAAAGUAACCAAAUACUCAAAGGAAUGGCUAGAAGAGUGAUGACCAACAAGCUUAUACUGGCUGUGAUCGUUUUAAUUGAACUGGCAAUACUGGCUGGUGUCACGUACUGGAAGUUUUUCAGCUGAUCUCGUUUCCCUUUUUCAUGAAUUGUCAAGGUUACGGUCCUAUUUAUUUGCAAGACUAGUUAUAUGAGAUGUACAAAUCUAUCCUAAGUUAAAGCUAAUUUUUUAACAUGCAUAUUUAUUUGUAAUGACAGCAUAUUAAAAAUAAAGGAAAUUAAAAUGAUUUACAAUUACUUGUAUCUACCAUUCAAUUAAAUUUUUAAAAUUUUCAUUUGAAAGUAAUAAUGAAUAUGAAACCUAAAAUUAUUUAUGAUGCCUUGCUUAACUGAACUGUAUAUUAUAAAUUGUGCAAUUUUCUUGUCAAACAGCUUAGUGCUCAAGUAUACUACGUAGUGAUAUUAUACCUCACUAAUAUUUUGAGGCUGAUUUAAUUUAGUUAUUAGGUAAUUUUAGUAAACCAAAUUCUGGUUUUAUAAUGCUAAAUGUAGAUUCUAGAUGACAAGCUAAUUUUUAAAAACUGGUAUACCGAAAAAUCUAAUGAAAAUGUUACAUAGCUAUAAUUAUCUUCUAUAUAUAUGCCUAUUUAGUAUGUAUUGUUAAAUUGAUUAACAUUUUAAUUAAUUUAAUGUCAAUUUUUACAUAAUGCAUUUUGAAAUAAUAAUUAGGCCAAAUAUGCCUAUGAAUUUAAUGGAACUCAGUUUAUUUGUCUCCAAAAAGAAAUUAGACUAAUAUAAAGUUGAUUUAUUUUGUUUUGCAUCUUGAAGCAGUGCCUUAAGAAGCAUAGCUAACCUAGGGACCAAUACAGUAUCUUUUGUUGGUUAAAUUACUUUCUCUGUAAUCUUUUAUUUGUACUAGUUGUGAAGGGUGAAAGUUGAGCUUUUGUAAAUACUUAAAACUUCAAAGGAUUUUUACAAUAAUUUUCACAUUAAAUAAGUUACAUUCUUUUGGAGUAAGUUCAAUGUUAACAGAAAAUUCUAUUUUUACUAUUGUCACUGUUAUUCUUUAUUAAUCUAUGUCCAAUGUUACGAUGUAUAUUAUGCACAUACUUGUUAUAAUAUGUAUUUUCAUAAGAUAAACUGAAUGUAAAUAACCAUUGUAAUAAAUUGAUUUCUCAAAUUUCUUUGAUUACCAGUUUCUAAAUAUAAUUAUCUGGCAGAUGGAGACAGGAGAAAUUAAGCCAGUGCAUAAUCC